AUGAAUCUAGCCGGAAAGGUCGCUGUCGUGACCGGGGCUGGCACAGGCAUCGGCCGGGCGACAGCCAUUGCCCUGAGUGGAUCUGGCGUGAAAGUGAUCAUCGCCGAGAUUGACGCAGCUACUGGCGUACAGACGGAACAGGAAAUUAAAAGCCAUGGAGGGCAGGCUGUCUUUGUUGAGACCGAUGUCACAAGCUCUGAGAGUGUCAAGGCGAUGAUCGAAUCGACUGUGCGCCAUUUUGGAAAACUGGACAUAGCAGUUAAUAAUGCCGCCAUUUCCCCCGACGCCAUGAAAAUAUCCGAGCUUGAUGAAGAACGCUGGGCAAAAACACUUCAGGUGAACUUGACUAGUGUGGCACUUUGUCUGAAAUGGGAGUUGCAGCAGAUGAUCGCGCAAGGCAGUGGCGGGUCCAUCGUCAAUCUUGCCUCCGGAGCAACGCUCAGGCCGCAAGCCACAAUGCCCGCAUACACUGCUGCCAAAUACGGGGUUGUGGGCCUGACCCAUGUUGCUGCGCUCGAGAAUGGCUGCCAUGGAAUCAGAGUCAAUGCCCUUGCGCCGAGUGCAACCAUGACCGAGAUGUUGGCAAGACGCUUUGAUCUUGACGCGAGCCAGGAUGACCUUGUUUCUAGUUUUGGACUAUUGGGUCGCUUUGCAAGGCCGGAGGAGGUUGCAAAUGCUGCUGUGUGGCUUGCAUCUGCAUCAUCGUCGUUUGUGACCGGGAUCAAUAUGCCUAUAGACGCAGGCUAA